UGAUUAAUGCAGGAACCAAAUUUUAUGUUCUUAUCAUAGCUCGUUGUGUAACCAGUAUAUCUUUAAAUGUAAUGAUAACGCGGCCAAAAAUUAAGCUGUAAUAUGUAUUAUCUAUGAAACCACUAAAUCAGUGUGAGACGCGAGUAUUGAGUAUUAGAGCAACUGGUGACAGUCGUGGGCAUUGAAUUAGAUUAAUUACAGUUAUUUAUAAAUCUUUAAAUUAAAUUAUUGUUAUUUUUAUAAAUUUCUAUCUACUCGUUAAUUCAAUUUCAAAGAAAAUAUCUAUUUUGGAUAUUGUUCAUUUGUGAUAAACAUAAUAUUGUAGGUAAUAUUAUUAUUGAUGGAUGAAGCAAAGAUGUUGGGGAAGUUUCCUUUUAUAAUUCCUAGUAACAAUUUUAAAACUUGGAAAGGCCAUAUUAUAUUAUUAAACGUAAUGUUUUUAGUUUUAAAAAUUAAUAAAAUGUAUUUUUGUUAACUUUUAUAUAGGUUAUUAAUUUAAUGUUUAAUAUUAUGAACAAAUUAUCUUAUUUAGAUGAAAAGUAUUUACAUAGAAAUAUUUUGCUGUAAUAUUCAAACACUUGAAAACUUGGAAGUUUGCAUUCCCGAAUUUGAAUUGUCAAAUUUCCAUCGAUUUGAUUUAAAGGAAACUGUUUUAUCAGUAAGUUAUAUUUAUUUAAUUAGUUAUAGUUGGUACUUUAAAUCUUAUACAUUUAAGUUUUUCCGUAGGUACCUACCAAGGUUGGACUUAAUAAAAACAGGCCGGAAAAAAUGUAUUUUACUGGGCCCAAUUUAACUUAUUACAUUCUAUCUACAAUACUCUGUAUAACAGUUGUAUUUGUAAAUAUUCUCAAAUACCUUUUUGUUGUCUAUACUGUUCCUUACGUAUAUUAUCGUUAGGCAUUAAUUUUCAAAAUAAAUAAAUAAAUACUCUUCUACUGACAUCCUACUGUAACCUUUGAUUUACGGCAUAUUAAAGGCACCUCAAUAGUUUCAACUUUCCCUUGAUUGUGUACAGCAAUCCCUAGCAGUUAAUUGCCAGCUCUUCGAACACUAUUUUAGAGCUUAACUUAACAACUAAAUCAUAUCUUGUGUUGUAUAAGAUUAGUUAUGUAACCUAUUUUGGUUACAUACCUCACCGGCUAACCUUAUGAGAUUUGCCUAAUUUUAAUUGUGACAUACUAAAAGAUUUCUCGGUGUCCUGGUGGCUUAGUUCAACCUUGGUACUAAAAGUGGAUUUAUUUACAUUUUUAAUUUCUUCUUUAAAAUAUAAAAUCAUAAAUUUACCAAAAUUGUCAUUAAAAAUAGACCAAAAUAUAAUAGGAUUAUUAAUUGAACAAACAUGGUUUAUAAUAUUAUAUAAGUAUAACAUUUAUAAAAAAAUCUCUAUUUUAUGCUUUUUCUUCAAAUACUUAGAUUUUCAAUAAUGAUACCUACUAACUACAUUAAUUAUUUAUGAUUAAAAUUCCUAUGAAUAUGAAGGUAUUUCUAAAUAUUUUAUUGAAAACAAUUUACCUCUAACAUGUCAAUUGCAUUCAAAAUUAUUUUUUAUUUUUUAUUUGUUUUUAAAAAUGUAUUUGUUGAGUUUAUUUUUUCUUUUAACCCUACCACUGAGAAGUGUUAAAUUCAUAAUUGUAUAUAUUAAAAAUAAUAAUGUAGGUAUAAUAUUAAAUAUUAUAUAGUAAUAAUAUGCAAUAAAUAGUUGGUAUGUUACACAAUAUUUAAUGAUAUAUUUUACAGAAUAAAAGGCAAUAACAGUUAUUAGCUAAACAGCAUUAAUAGUAUCUAUUGUCUAUUGUCAAUCGGUAGAUAUUGUCAUUGAAAAUCACCAGCAUGAGUUUGAGUGCACUGUAGUAUCCUAUUUGUAUGGGUAUCACAUAUAAUAACUAAUAAAUCAUGUUUUUUUGUGUCACUCUAGGUUGAGUAAUUUCCCCUUAUAUAUUUUAAAUAAACGUUUCCAAGUCAAAAUAGAUCAGGUUUUUACAUUUUCAUUAUAUGAAAUCAAACACAAAAUAAUUAUACAAUUGUUAUAAAUUGAAUUAAUGUGCAAUUAAGAAAUGUGCAAACAAAACAAAAAAAAAAAAACAUUUGUUGACAGCUAUGGGCCUCUUUAAUUAACUUGGUAGAACCCAGUGCUUUGCAUUGCCUGCACCUAUAAUUUUUAUGGUGCUGUGUUUAAAAAAAAGUUGAAAUUAAUGUUAUAGAUAGAUGUUUUAUUAGAUAAUUUAUGUAUUAUAAUUAUAUUUAGAGUUGGGUAGUAUUUUAAUAUUUAUCUUUAUUAUACCUGCAUGUAUUAAUGAUGAAAAAAAUUGAAAAAUUACAAAGAAUAUUUUAAUUAAGAUUUCGAGGCAAUAUAUUAUAAAACUAUAAUUGAGGUUUCUUAUAAAAUAAUAUAUGCGAUGGCACAACCAGGAUUUUUUGAAGGAGGUUGUCACAUGUCUGCAUAAAAAAACACAUCUUUUAAUAUAUUUAUAUUACUUAAACAGGGAUAUAGGGGGGUGUCCAGACACCCAAAACACCCCCCUAGUUGCACAACUGAUAAUAUGAAAUAAACUAUUUUUUUUCUCAAAUUGUGAUUUCACAGGUACAAUAAGAAUUUUUUAAAAAAAAGUGUCCUUUGACUUCUUUAGGAUAAUGGGAAUGGGUGCAGCCACUGUUAUAUCUAAAAAGUUAGGAAGGUAUUAGAGGGGAAAUUGAAUGUAUAUCUGUUAGCAAUGAUAAACUAUUACUAACAAAAACACUGUGCAGAGUUCAGUUGAUAGUGUUGCUUUGUCAACAAUAUAUAUGUUAUAUUAUGGUAAAAUAAAUUCUUAUGCAUUAUAUAUGUAUAUUUUUUUUAAUGAUAUUUGUUUAAUUUUAUAUCUAUUGUCCAUUUUUAAUAUGUUUUUCCCAGAUAUUAUGAAAACCACUUGAAAAAUCAAAAAAUUAACUCUCUACAGCACAAUAUAGUUAAAAUUUCAAAAAAUAUACUAGACUUUAUACAUCAAAUCAAGGUUUCUGGUAAAGAUUUUUGGUUAGAUAAGUACUCUUAUUUAAAAUAAAAUUUGGUAUCAUCCUAUCAUUUUUGGUAGAAUUUGUAUACACAGUAACAAAAAAAUAAUGAAAUAAACAACAUAAUAAAACCAAUACAUUCUUUGUUCCUCUUGGAAUCUAAAACAACUUGAUAUAGAAGUUAUUGGUGAAAAACUUCAAUGUAUUUUGUUUUUAUAUCGCCUACAUUAGAUAAUUUUGUGCAACAAAUUCAAGAGAUAUUUUUGUGGAAAAAAUUGUAAUUUUCAAGUAUUUUUGAAAUUAAUUUUGGAUUAAUUCAAAAUUCAAUUUUUAGAUGUUUAUGUGCAAUAACUUUAAAAGUAAAUAUCAUAGGUAAAGGCCCCUUCACUUAGCGUUAAUGAUCGAUAAACACAGGGAUAAAUGGAUAAUUUCACACAUGACCACAAAUACAGAUUGUAAACGCUUCAAAGCACUGUUGAGUGGCAAAAUGUGAAGGAGUGCUAAGUUUUGAUUUUAGCAACAAAAAAACCUCACUUUUUGAGAAAAAAAAUAUUUGCAUUACAACUCAUAAGUAUUUUAUUUUAAAUAGCACACUAUGAAAAAACCAAUCUUUUUAAAGUUUUCACUAAUAAUUUCCAAAAGAAGUUCAUUAGACUUUUUUCUAUUCUUAUUGUACACACAUUUUGAAAUAAAAAAAAAUUCUAUUUUUUUAAACUAAAUUUGUUCUAAAAAUUGUAUCAUUUAUGUCUGUUUUCUUGGAUACCUAUUUGAAUUUAUGUAAGGUAAUAUAUAUAAGUAUAUAAGUAUAUAUAGGUAGUAUAUAAAUUGUGUAUUCCUUAUACAAAAUUAAGAUAGUAUUUUUUCAAUAUCUUGCCUAACCAUGACUAUACAGGGUCCUGCAAAGAACCUCCCAUAUUUCAAAAAGCAGUUAAAUAUAAACAAAGAUACAGAAAAAAUUCUUUUAGUUUUGAAUUACAAAUUCCAUGUCAUUUUACAUUAAAUAAAAUAAUUACUUAGUUUUAAACAUUACGCCCAUUAGAUGUAGUCCUUUAUUUUUAACACAUUGAUGAAGGCUUUUCCAGAAAUUGCCCAUAACUCUUCGUGCAUCUUUGCAUGAACUUAAGGACUUAUAAAAAAGCCUUCAUCACUGUGUCAACAAUGUAAGACUCCAUUUAAUGGGCGUAAUGUUUAAAACUAAGUAAUUAUUUUAUUUAGUGUAAAAUGACAUGGAAUUUGUAAUUCAAAACUAAAAUAAUUUUUUCUGUAUCUUUGUUUAUAUUUAAUUGCCUUUUGAAAUAUGGGUGGUUUUUGUCAGACCCUGUAUUAUAUAUUUAUAUGUAUUUAUGAGAAAAUUGUGCCUACUACUUAUGUUAUUUUUGGUAUAAAUUAUUUAUCCAUCCUCUUUGUUUUUAGAUUAAACAAAAGAUUCGUUCAUUAUCAGAAUUUUUAGAGGAAUUGAUUGAAUAUAUGGUAAUAUCAAUUUUCUAACUUAUAGUUUUAACAAAUUUCUAUUGUUUUAUAAUGUUAAAUAAUUUAGGGAUAGAAAUUGUGUUUAUAAAUAUAUAUGGUUUUUAAAAAAAAUCUCCAUUUUAGUCUUAAAAACCAAUGCUAAACUAGUAUUGUAUUACUUUUAAAAACAAAAUUAAAUCAUAUUUUUAGUAUACAAUGCUCAUACUUCAUUGUUGUUGAUUUGUUUGUCCUUUAGAGUAACAUUUGGAAAUCAAACCUUUUUUUAAACAUGCCAAAUUUGAAUAAUACAUUAUAUCCUGAUGACAAAUUUUAUACUUUAAUUGAAGAUAUUAACUUAUAUGGUCAAUAUGUACAUUCAAUUGAUGAGAACUUGAGAAGUGUAACAUUUAAUGUUUUGGAUAAAUGUAAACGUGAUCAUUUUAUAAAAAUUUUUAUACAUGAUGAUAAAUAUCCUGUAACUAAAAGAAAGACAUUAUUCUUUGAAACAUUGGUUCCACCUGUUAUUAUGGAUUCACUUUUAAAAGUAAAUAAUUCAUGUAUAGUUUUUAUAAUGACUUAUUUAUCUAAUGGACAAGUCUGGACUAAUUAUUGUAGUUGGCUAAGGACUUAAAAUGCCCUAAAAUAAUUUUUUCUUGAAUCAACUAAAAUUUAAUAAAAUAUUCUUUAGGUAUGAAUUUUCAAUCUAUAGAGGGGACUCAAAUAUUUUAACUUAAGUUUCCUAGAUUAUAUUAAAUAUAAUCAAAAUUAUAUUAUAUUAUAUUCAAAAUAUACAAAUUGUAUGUAUUUUGAAUAUAAAAAUGAAUUAUCUUCAAAUUAUGAAUGUUUAUUGUUAUUUUUCAUUCUUUAGAUAAAUACAAUUUUAAAACUAUUUGAUCAAUUUAAAAUUGCAGUUAGUGAGCUAAAUGAUUUUUGGGAUUUACAUGAAGAAAUUUGCUCAUGCAAUGUUAUUGGUUCUUAUACCUAUAAAGAUGUUAACUAUAAAAUAUCAAUAAGUAAGUGCCAAUUGGUAUAAACUCAUUAUUAUUUUUAACGAAUAUGAAAUUUUUCAUUUAAACAUAAUUUUAAAUAGCUGUGUAACUAUUUUGAGUACAACAGACCCACUCAAAAAUUUUUUGAUAAUGGUAUUUUGUAAAUAAUAUAAAAUUAUUUUAUAGUAUGGUAAAACUUUUAACACUACUUUAGUAAUAUGAUUUAAUUUAUUUGAUUUGUAUAUUUUCUAUAAGAGAAUAAAAUAUAUUACUGAUUUUAAAUAGUAUUUAUUACAAGAUUUAUCAUUUUCUUAAAAUUUCUAUUAAUUAUAUUAUUAUAUUUAUAUUUAAAAUGUUUUUUUUAAGAUAAACAUACAUAUGUAGAAGUUUUAGUGGAUCCAUUCAAUCCAAAAAAUUGUCCAAAGUUUAAUCUCCAUGGUCACCCAGACGCCAUAAAACAAUUUCAACAACGAUUAAAUGAAAUAAAUCCAGUUAGUUAUAUUAUUAAUAAAACAAACUUUAAUUAUUAGUAUUUAUUACCUAUAGUCUAUAAUAUUUAUUGAAACUGUCAAGGUAAUUGUAAUUGUUCAAGUAAAAAUAUCAUACAAAAACUAUAAAUAUUAGUUAAUUAGUUACUAGUUAAGUCUUAUUCAAGACUUACAGCAUUUGAUUAUUUUUUGGUUUGGGAUUGUCUAACAGUGAAUGCUUUGUACUAUACUAUUUAGUAUUAUUUCAUGAAAUAAUUUUCAUGUUAAUAUUUCAAAUUUAUUGUUUUUUUUUUUUUUUUGCUUAUUUUCACAAUAAGUAUAUAAAAAAAUGUUUUUUACUAGUAUUUAUUCAUUCAUAUUUAUUCAUUUUAAAAAUAUUUUUAAUGUCUUUUCAGGGCUAUAAUGGAGUUUUUAAGUGCCUAUAGAUCUGAUAUAUAUGCACUUAAAAUUCAAAAGCACCUUAAUUAUCAAAAAAGUACUUAAAAAUAUUCAUAAAGCUAAUGUAGUAAAGAAUUUUAAAAGUACCUCUCUAACAGUUCUAAUGCUAUUAAAUACAAAUUGUUAACACUGAUAAAUGAUUAACACUAAGCAUUUUUGUAUUUUUAUAAUACAUACAAAUAUAUUUGAAGAAAAUUAUUUUUAAUAAGUCAGAAACAAAAAACUGGAAUCUUUUAAACCCCUCUCUCUACCUAAAAUGUUUUUUUAAAUAUUUUUAAAAUAAUUUUUUAGGGCUUUUUUGUUUAAGUACAUAUACAUCUGGUUCUAAUAAAAACUUUAUUACUGAAAUACAUAUUUAGUACUUAAUCAAUAUUUUUGUAGAUUUUUACAUGUAACUAUGGUACCAUCAUUCAACAAUUAGUUUUUGAGUUAUUAGUUAAUUUAUAUAUAUAUGAGAACAUCAUUAGAAAACUAGGUAUUUAGUUUUUAUAUCAAUAUAUUUGUGUUUGCAAUUUUAAAAUGUUAUAAACAAAAGGAUAAUUUAAUUAAAACCAAUUUUUUUUUUUUAUUUUAAAACCUAAUUUGUUGCUCUUUUGAUUGCAAUUUGAUGAAUUAAUAGUUAAUUAUAAGAAAUCAAGAUUCAUUUGAGACAUCUAUGUCUAAUAUACGCCCACCAUAAUGAAUGUAUAAACAAUUCUUUUGUUUAUAAUAUUCUUUAACCAGAGAGCAGGUACAUUGUGAUUUGUUAUUAAAUAAUUUAAAUAUUUUCUUAUCAGUUUGUUGAUUUUCCAUUUGUUGAUCCUGUUUUUUAAAUAUCUUAAUAAGUGGUCUUGAAUUGCCCUGAACUUUAUCCUUUUGUUGAUUAAAAGAAUCCUUGUUUUUAAUUUUAUUUGCUUUUAUUGAAUUUAUGUUCAUUUUAGAGUUUAUUGCAUUUUCUCUUAGUAACUGACAGUCAGUAUUUUCACAUACAUAAUUUGGAUCAUCUAAUUUUUGAAAAAUGCUUUUUACCAAUUCAACUAGCAUUUUUAUUUCAUUAGUUAUUGUUUUUGUAUCUUUAUUUUUAGGCUCUACCUAUAAUACAAUUAUUCCUUAAUAUACAGUAAUAUAAAUUGAUCACAUAGGUAAUAGUAUUUGACCAUAGUUAUUGUGUUUACUUGUUUAGAUUCAAUUUUUGGUGGUAGUAAAUCAUUCACUAUAUUAUUACCAUUGUAAAAUUUGUCAAUAAUUGAUUUGUUCUUUUGUAGUAAAUUUUCUGUUUUUAUUUCUUGGUCACUUUGUUUAUCCAUUUGGCAUAGUAACAUAUUUUGUUGGAUAUCGAAGUUACUAAUUAUAUUUCGCAUGUUAUUUAAUGUUUGAAUUGUUUCCAAUAACAAAUUAUUUAAAUUUAUUGAAGUGUCUGCAUUAGUAUAUAUGCUUCUUGUAGAAAUUGAUUUUGGAGACAUUAGUGAAUUUAAUGAUCUAUGAGAUUCAUUUUCUUUGUCCUGAGGCUCUUCUUUUGAUUGUCUAUUCUCCAUAAGAGUAUUGAAUACCUACAAUAUUUAAAAUUAUGUUAUUUUAUUAACUAUUUUAUCCACUUACUAUAUUACAUAUAUUAAAACUAUUUAAUUAAUUCUGGAUUGAAAGCUUGUAAAAUUUAAUUAACUGUACAUUAAUACAUUUAUAUAAUUGAAAAAAAAUAUUAUUAUUAAGCAUCUUAAUAAUAUUUAUUAUGAAUUAAAAAGGUAUGUUUUUUAGAUCUGGACUUUAAGGAAAAUUCAUUGCUUAUUAUUAUAGGCAAUAUUGUGUUUUUAAAUUAUAAAUACACAAUUAAAUAUUAUUAUUAUUAGUGUUUCAUUUGUACAAAUUGCUUUCUUUAAUUAAUAUAAAUAAUGUAAUAUAUAAUCAAGUAUUAAAAUAUUAUUUAUUAACACAAAUUUAAAUUUACUAUAUUAAUUUAAAAAACUUUUUGAACGUUCAUUAUUAACAUUUUUGUUUACUCAAAUAUUGAAUUUGUAAACAAUUAAACAAUUUCCAUAGAAAGUAAUUUACUAUGUAUGAUAAAACAUAAAUAUGAUAAAGUAUCAAUCCUAAUAUCUACUUCAAAGUAUAUAUUUUUAUAAGUAUAUGCAAAUAUGUUAAAAUUACAAUGUAACCUAAUUUAAUUUUUUUAUCCUAUAGUACUUACUUAAUUAAAAUUCUGUAUUUUAUUUUUUUUAAAUAUGUUUAAUUAAACAUUUUUAAUAAUUAUGACUGGCUAGAAAAAUAGAAAAAACUUGCAAUAACAAAAAUAUUUAGCUCAAACACAUGUUAUUUUCAGCUAGCAUUCCUCACAAAUUAUAAUAGGAUAUUAAAAUUUUACCUUUGAUUGUGUGAAGAGAAAAUAUGUAUAUUUAAAAUAUUAAUCUGUGUAUUUUCAGACUACCUCGGUGUAGUUAUAUUCAAAAUAUCAGAUUUCUUAAUGUCACAUAUUUAGAUAUACUCAGUACAUAAAUAUUUCCUUGUAUUAUAUUAGAUAAAUACUUUAACUAACAAUUUGUUUAAAUUUGAAUUGUUAGAUUUUAAUUUGGAAUACUGAAAAUAGUUUUAUGGAAAAUAUACUUAAUAUAUUUGAAAUUCAAAGCCUUUCACAUUAUGAAAAACAAGAAUCAGAAUAUGAUACAUCAAAUUGUUGCAUAUGUUAUGAUGAAUUAGAUAUGACUAAAGAAAAACAAAGCAAACUCUGUGAUAUUUGUAACUCAUUAUAUCAUAUGGCGUGCAUUUGUCAAGUAAAUUUUUAUUUAUACUAUUUUCAAAGUAACUGUUAAAGAAAUGAUAAACUAAAUAUACAGAUGAUCAAAAAUGCUUGUUACAACUGAUAAGCAUUCAUGAUUUCAUGAUCAUUAAAUUAUGAUUGCAUUGCAACUUCAUGUAUAAUUUUAUGAAUUAAAUUGACAGAUAAUUUAUAAUUUAAAAUACAUAAACACUGGCCAUUGUUAUUUUUUCUAGUGGCUUUUGAAUUCAGGGAGUACACCAAUGUUUAAACAUUUGCAAGGAAAAUGUCCCCAAUGCGAAAGUGUAAGUUUAUCCAAAUGUAAUUAUUACUUUUUAAUAUUAAAUUAAUUUUAAUAAUUUGUAUGAUUUUAAGUAACUUACUAAUUAUUUUUAUUGGAAUGGAAUGACAUACAUCUCUUUUUGUAAAUAAUAGGAUUUUAAGAAAACCACUUUUUUAUCAACUCAUUCAUUAAUGUAUUUAUUUUUUUAGAAUUUAAUAAUAUUAUAAUAUUAGACUAUAAAAAAAAAUCAGCAAUAUUAUUGUUCUAUCUUAAAACUAUUAUCAUUAUUUUAUUUCCUGUACUGCACUUUUACCCUAUACAAAAAUAAAGUAUGUAAUCUAUGCAAUCUAUGCAACUUUCUUUAAUUUUUUAGGACAAUAAAAAAUAAUAUAUAUAUAAUUAAUAAAAUAAAGUAAAAAUAAAAUUAUUAAAAUGGUUAAUACUCGUAAAUAAAUAUAUAUAUAAAAAAAAAAAAAUGAAUGUAUGAAUAUUAUUUCCAAAAUAAAUAAAUUUCAGUAUAUAUAAACUUAAAUGUAAAUGUAAUAAAUUUUGAUAUGGGUAAGAAAAAUAGAAAUUUUGAAAUAAGAUAUAAAGAACACAUUUCUGAAAUAAAAUUUAAAAAGACUGCCUCUAAUUCAAAUUUUGCUUAACAUGUUUUAGAAAAUAAUCAUAAUGUAAUAUGACAAAAUAGUCAUAUGUAAUAUCAUAAUUUAAUAUUAAUACAAACUUAGAGAUAUCAAAUACCCAAAAUAACAUUUACAUUAAUUCAGUUUUAGAAGAAUUACUUAUAUAUAAUAAAAUAAAGGAAUUUAAUUGUAAAACAAUUUUAAAUGUUUAAAAUGAUUUUAAAAGUAAUAUCUUAUAUCAAUACAUUUUAGAUAAUAAAUAAUAAUCAAAUAAUUUAUAUUUCUUAACAUAUCUAUGUCUAAUAAUAACCCAUUUUAAAUAAUCUCUCCUAUUAAAAUAAAUUAUUUCAAUGUAAAAUACUGUAAUAUACCUGAUAAUGAAUUUUUAAUUUGUAACAGUAUAAUACACUUAAUAUCUGCUGAUAAUCCAGGAGAUUCAUUUAUUUAUUUAUUUUUUAUUUUUUUAAGUAAAUUUUUUAUUUAACAGUAUUAUCUGCAGAAAUAUUAUUGGUUGUUUUUUAGAUUCUUAGCUGAGCGAGGGAAGUAUUGAUUUUUUAAUGAUAUUUCUUUAUUAUUAUUUUUUUAAAAAAAAAAACCAAAAAUUUUGUUCUAAUAUAUAAAGUAUAGCACAUUUUCUUAAAAGGAAAUUUGCCUGAAAAAAUACUUUAAGGAAGUAAUUUUUUGAUUUUUUAAUGAUUUUUAUACUAAAUGGGGGAAAUAGAUAUGUUAUUAAAAAAAAUAUAUAAUGCAUAGAUAAUUCACAUUUAAUGAGGAAACUCAUGAAAAAAUAUAAAAAUUACUUCCCUAAAGUACCUCCUCUCAUUGAAUUCCUUUUAGAAAAGGUGCUACACUUAAAAAUUGGAGCAAGAUUUCUGGUAGAAGAGUUGUGCACAGAUAAGGGUGACAGAAAAUAACAGAAAUGUAUUUUAGAGAUGUUGUUCUUAAAGUGUCAAAAAAAAAUAUUUGGAUAGAAAGGAUUAACUUUCUGAGGAUUAAUCACUCUGUAUAUCCUAUCAUUUUAUUAAUAAAAUAUGUUUAUUUUACAGGAAAUACUGGUGGCAAUAGAAAAUUAUAAUAUUAAAACAUAAAAAUAAUUUUUGUUAUUGUUUGUAAUUUUUUUUUUUAGUGUAUUUUCUUUUGAUUUCCACACAAUUUGUAUUGUAUAUAUAUAUAUACAAUAUAUAAUUAUAAUAAAUUUGGAUAUAUUUAAAAAC